AUGAAUACUAACUCAGAAAAAUUAGCUCGCGCACGAAAAUUAAUAGAAGAUAAAAAGCGGGCAUUAGACGAAAGAAUUGAAAAAGUAAUUUUUAUUUACUCUAUCCAAUAAAUGAGCGAUAUAUUUUGCUUGCUAGCCAAAGAGAUAUCUUAACUUAACUUAUUAACCAUCACAUUUAACGUCUCCUACGGGGUUGCUCUUUCCAGGACUACCACCACGCUCUCGUCGCUCGGGGCCCACUAGUUGCUGGGACAACUAGCUUUGAUCUCCAACGUGCGCCUCCUGCGCAAUGUUCCGGCUUCGACGGCUCAUGAAUGAGCUACUUUCUCUGUAACGAGGGUUGUCUGCUGGGAAAAUUCCAAAAAAUGGGAUUUCUGGCCGACUUUCGGGCAAAAGGGGGAAAACUUGUAGCCCGGGGCGAAACUCCCGGUUUCUCGCUAGAGAUUUGCCCAAAUGGCCUAGGGAUUACCUGUAGGCGCUGCUGGGCUUCUCCUUUCCAACUCCAAGCCUCCUCUUCUCUCGAGGUAAAAUCCUAACCCGAGAACGGACUGGGAUCAGGCUCUGUACACUGCCAGAAUUGCUUACCUGAUAUUGCUAUCCAUCUCUAGCUAGGCAAAACCUUGCCGGAUAUAAUUAAAUAGGGCUCGAAACUGUCUGGCCGAGAGGCCAGACCCAAGUUGAGACGCCAUAUUUAAUUAUAGCCAAAGAGAUAUCAAAAUUAUUUAAUAGCCUAAUAUAGAAAUAUUUAAAUAAUCUAAUAAUUAUUAAAAUUUAUGCUUUAAAAGAUGCAAGCUGCUUGAAGUGCAAAUUGAUAAAUAAAAUGGUAGAAAUUAGCUCUUUAAUUUCGCUCCUCAUGGAAUUUUAUUUAUGAGGUUGGGUAUUUUAUCGAGAACUUCUGCCAGAAACAGCGGUUUAACUUUGGGAAUAGUACUAGAAACUGCUCCACAGUGCAACCAAGAAGCUCAGAGUUUUACUUAUCAUCACAUCCAAGGGGGUUACUCUUAGGCGGAACACUAGCAGGAGCUGAGUCGGGCAAGGGCUUAUACAUUGCGUCGGGUAAGAAGCGCUGGUCAGGACGGCAGGCGGUUUUAUUUGGGAUGCUCCGACAUUUCGGAUCGGAAAUUCUAGUGACAUCACCAUUUUGGCUCUGUCCCUUUUGUGGGAGUGUGGCAUUAGACAUCUUAAAUACUCUAAUUAAUUUAAUGCAAUUUAAUAUUUGAAAUACAAUACAAUUUGAUAGAUCUUUCACAAUAAUUAUUAACUAUAUAUCAAAAAAUAUUUUUUAAAAAAUUUGUGCUCACUUGUCAAAGUAAGUAAAUUUUUCAAUAGUUUUGCCUCCUAGUCAAGGGAAAUUAGAAAAAAGAGGAAGAAAGGCUGAAAGCCAGGCAGGUUGAAAUUGAAAAACAAAAGAAACAAAUAGAGAAAUGAAAAGCUGAUAAAGGGAUAAAAUCAGUAAAGCCUAAGCCAAAGCCUAAGCCAGAGCCAAUCCCAAAGCCAGUGUUGCAAGAAACUCUAACAUUUGGAAAUAUUUCUUCUCAGUUCUCUCAAAAACUUAUAGACAGAUAUGAAUCUCCUUCUGAUGAAGAAUCCCCAGACACUGUUGUCCCAGAUAUUUAUCCAAAUCCUAAUACCAGCCAAAAAAGCUUAGAAGACUCAAAAGAAAGCAGAGCAAGCACCCCUAAUACAAUAAUUGAAUAUAAGCAAGAGUCCUCCAGAAAUGACUCUAUAGUAGAACUUAAAAUAGAGUCAUCAAAAGUCAGUGAAGAUACUGAAGUCUCUUGCAUCAAAAGAGAAAUAAAAUCUGACCAGUCCAAUGAUGAAAAUAGCAUUUUCGAUGAAAUUACCAACCAAAUGCAAAAGAUACAGACUGAAAUUGAGAAUUUUGAUAUGGAGAAAGAAGAGCAAAGGAAAAUUGUGAAACAAGAAAUUUUGAAAGCAAUUUUUUUCCAUGGAUUUUCUGGUGAUAGGCAAGAAAUGUAUGAAUUUGAGGAGAAAAAUGAGGAUUAUGACCAAACGCCAAGUUUUCAUGAUGAAAUUUUAUUUUCAGAGCAAAUGUGCAGAAAAUGGAAUAGCCCAAUAAUGAAAAAUUUCUUGAGAUAUGAUUCGGGGACGAAGGAAUAUAAAGAGAUGCACUGCAAAGAAUAUAUAGCGGGUAGCGAUGCUACUAAUUUAAAAUCAAACCAAAAAGCCUUUCAAUGUUCUAAAUAA